AUGGCGGACACGUUUGGGGAUGGUUUGUUCAGCGUGUUUGACGAUGACCAGGCUACUUCUAGUCAAAAUCUGCCUUCGUCCGCGGUAGCAGUUAUUGGGAACUACACAGGGAAACAACAAUGUGACACAGACCCCAGCCUAUCUGAGAGGGGUAAAAAGAAAUUAGACUACGAUGGAACAGAGGAGAUGCCGCUUACGAAAAAAGCCCGACAGGAAAUUAAUCUUGCAGACUUUAUGCCCCAAGUGAAGGUGGAGCAGGUUGAGACAUUGGAAGGAUGCACACAUGAGGUUGUUCUGCCUACCAGUGAGAACUACGUGCCACUUAAACCUAGACAGGGGAAAGCAGCCAAGGAAUACCCAUUUGUUCUUGACCCGUUCCAGCGUGAAGCAAUCUUAUGUCUUGACAACAACCAGUCAGUGCUUGUGUCUGCACACACCUCUUCUGGUAAAACUGUCUGUGCUGAGUAUGCCAUAGCACUGGCCUUGAGGGAGAAGCAAAGAGUGAUCUUUACCAGCCCCAUUAAGGCCUUAUCCAACCAGAAGUACAGAGAGAUGUAUGAAGAGUUCCAGGAUGUAGGACUGAUGACUGGUGAUGUCACUAUCAACCCUAAUGCCUCCUGCCUUGUAAUGACCACAGAGAUCCUCAGGAGCAUGUUGUACAGAGGUUCUGAAAUCAUGAGAGAAGUGGCAUGGGUCAUCUUUGAUGAGAUCCAUUACAUGAGAGAUGCAGAGCGUGGUGUUGUGUGGGAAGAGACCAUCAUCCUACUUCCUGACAAUGUGCACUAUGUAUUCCUGUCAGCAACCAUCCCUAAUGCUAAACAGUUUGCUGAGUGGAUCUGCCACCUCCACAAACAGCCCUGUCAUGUGGUGUACACAGAGUACCGUCCUACUCCUCUUCAACACUACAUCUUUCCAGCAGGGGGCGAUGGACUCCAUCUAGUUGUAGAUGAGAACGGAGACUUCAGAGAGGACAACUUCAAUACAGCUAUGGAGGUGCUCAGAAAUGCCACUGGCCCUAGCACUAGUAGUGGACCUGGGGGCAAGUUAAACAAUAGAGGACGACAAUUUGGAACUAAAGGGCCAUCCAGCGUGUUCAAGAUAGUGAAGAUGAUCAUGGAGAGAAACUUUCAGCCUGUGAUUAUUUUCAGCUUCAGCAAGAAGGAGUGUGAAGCCUAUGCUUUGCAGGUGUCCAAACUGGACUUCAACAGUGAUGAGGAAAAAGGUUUGGUGGAGGAAGUUUUCAACAAUGCAGUCGACUGUCUUUCAGACGAAGAUAAGAAACUACCUCAGGUGGAGCAUGUGCUGCCACUUCUAAAAAGGGGUAUAGGUAUCCACCACGGAGGCCUAUUGCCCAUACUGAAGGAAACCAUAGAGAUCCUUUUCUCUGAAGGCCUACUCAAGGCACUGUUUGCCACAGAGACGUUUGCAAUGGGAAUCAACAUGCCAGCACGCACUGUGCUCUUCACCAGUGCACGCAAGUUUGAUGGCAAGAGCUUCCGUUUUAUCACAUCAGGUGAGUACAUCCAGAUGUCUGGACGUGCUGGGAGGAGAGGGAUGGACGAGAGGGGAAUUAUUAUCUUUAUGGUGGAUGAGAAGAUGAACCCAGCUGUGGGGAAACAGCUGCUCAAGGGCUCUGCUGACCCGCUGAACAGCGCCUUCCACCUGACCUACAACAUGGUUCUCAACUUGCUGCGUGUGGAGGAAAUCAACCCAGAAUACAUGCUAGAGAAGUCUUUCUAUCAGUUUCAACACAUCAGAACUUUGCCAGGAGUGUUGGAGAAGAUUAAGAAGUUGGAGGAUGAGUAUCACACCAUUGAGAUCCCUAAUGAGGAGAGUGUAACGGUCUACUAUAAAAUCAGAAAGCAGUUGUUCAAACUGGGCAAAGAAGUCCAAGAAUAUAUCCUAAAACCCAAAUACUGCUUGCCUUUCUUACAACCUGGACGUCUUGUCAAGGUAAAAAUUCAAGAUGCUGAGUUUGGAUGGGGAGUGGUUGUCAACUUUUCAAAGAAGACAAACGUUAAGGCUGGUCCAGACGCAGAGCCGCUGUAUGUGGUGGAGGUCUUACUCUACUGCAGUAAGGAGAGCGUAAAGGAGUUUGCCACUGAGGCUGCCAAGCCCCCUGCCCCAGGGGAGGCUGGAGAGAUGCAGGUGGUUCCAGUGAUGCUACAUCUAGUGACGUCUAUCAGCUCUAUUCGUGUUUACUUACCCAGAGACCUCAGGUCAUUUGACAACAGACAGCGCAUGUUCAAGUCUAUACAGGAGGUUGAGAAGCGUUUCCCAGAUGGCAUUCCUUUGGUGGACCCCAUUGAUGACAUGGGCAUCAAGGACAAUACACUGAAGAAACUCAUUCAAAAAACGGAAGCCUUUGAGCACCGACUGUACUCUCACCCCUUACACCAUGACCCAAGUCUGGAGGCUGUCUAUUCGCUCUGUGAGAAGAAAGCACUGAUCGCUGCAGAAGUAAAAUCAGCCAAACUAGAGCUGAGAAAGGCACGGACCGUUCUGCAAAUGGACAAACUGAAGUGUAGAAAGAGAGUCCUGCGACGGCUUGGCUUUGCCACACCCUCUGAUGUCAUCGAAAUUAAGGGACGAGUUGCCUGUGAAAUUAACAGUGCUGAUGAGCUGCUCUUGACAGAGAUGAUGUUCAAUGGGCUCUUCAAUGAUCUGACAGCAGAACAAUCCACUGCCCUGCUGUCCUGCUUUGUGUUCCAGGAGAAUGCCAGUGAGAUGCCAAAACUGACGGAGCAGCUCGCUAGACCCUUCAGACAAAUGCAGGAGUAUGCAAAGCGCAUCGCCAAGGUGUCGGCAGAUGCCAAGGUGGAGGUGGACGAGGAGAGCUAUCUCAGCAAGUUUAAGCCACACUUGAUGGACGUGGUCUACACCUGGGCCAAUGGCGCUUCGUUUUCUCAGAUCUGCAAGAUGACAGACGUCUUUGAAGGUAGCAUAAUCCGCUGCAUGCGUCGUCUGGAGGAGUUACUGAGACAGAUGUCCUCUGCAGCCAAAGCUAUUGGCAACACCGAACUGGAGACGAAGUUUACCGAGGGAAUAACCAAGAUCAAGAGGGACAUCGUGUUUGCUGCCAGUCUUUACCUAUAAUCCCUUGCCUCCUGACACAAAAGGAGGAAGUUAAACAAAGACCAUGAUAAUUUCUAACUGAAACCGUAGCGGUUGGCAAACUCAUCUAUCGGCACUUCAGAUAAUUACGACUUCCUGCCUCAAUGGUGUAACGUCAUACUUAGAUGUAUGUUGACGGGAAAAGUCUUCGUUUAGGCAGGUGGCAAGUGGCUCCCUGAGUUCACAAAAGUCCUGGAUGACUGUUUGUGAUAGAGGUCAACUGUAGUGUGUAAUAACUAUGACAUCUGAGAAAGAAAAAAAAAGAAAAGAAUAGAAAGUGCCGUUUUGUAAUCAAUGCUCCCAAUCAACACAAAUGCAACAGAGGGCCUUUUCCUCUGAUUUUCAUUUCUUUUGUUAAUAAGGAAAGCGGUGCAUCGUAUGAAUCCAUGGAUGUGGCGGAGAAAGAUGAAAGUGUAAUUCAUGCUUUAAUUUUGAGCUCAUGGUUUUUUUUGACACAUUUUGUCUUUAUUUUUACUUUUCAUGUUAAUAAGCAAAAUGACAGUUAUUUUUUUGUUUUGCUGUCAUUCAGAGAGCACAAUAAACUUUACAUUGAAAAUACAA